CACUCUAAGCUAGAAUGUUGACAAGCAUGCAGUAGGGUAUAGAGGCUACAAGCAUUAAUGCUACACGGUAGGAUCACAAUGUCAGUGUUUCACUUGGAAAUGGGAAUCUAACUUUGUCUUUCAUUGGGUUGCAUCGAACAAAAUUAAAUCUGAGUUUUCGUGCAAGAAUUUGAGGAUUAGUGAAAUCGAAAGAUACCAUUAUGGCGGACGCUGUUGGGAAGGAUAGUCCUAAAUCUGCAUUUAGGAAAGGCCCAGGAAGGAAAAUCAAAUUAAAGAUGUCUUGGAAUAAAAGUUCUAGUGUAGAAACAGAUAACUCGGAAUUAAUAGACGAGUUUGUUAAAGAUGUAAUUCAAAGGGCGAAACACGAGUAUUUAUCAGAGUGUAAUGGAUUUAGAUCCGACCACUCCGGAACCAAUGGAUACCAUCAUUACACAGGACGAGUAUCGCCUGAACUCCCUCCUCCUGUGUCAAGUGAUGAUGAGGCAGAUUUAACGAGUCAUCGUUCAAACGUAGAUGAAGAGGACAGAUUAAACUCAAAUGAGUGUCACAAAGCUGUCAAUGAGGGACUGAAGCAUUUGGAGGGUAACUCACUCAAGAAGCAGGUUGGCGUUGGCAGUGUUCAAAACGAGCGGAAACCAUUAAUAGAGAAGUCCGCUACAGGUGGACACACGUGUCUACAACACUUCUACGCCCUUUUGUGCUGCCAGUGUAUCUGCGAGACCUAUGAAGUAACAUAAACUAUUACGUCAUAGAUUACUGGAGUGAUGACGUCAAAUGAUUUAUUAAAUACAAUUUUGUACAAAAUGACAUUCAUUGCAUGUGAAAUAUGACUUAAAGUGUAACACUUUUAACUCAUCUUGCUGUUACGUGAUUAAACAGUGUUAAGAAAUGACAAAUGUAAACGAGGAGCUUUGUUCUAAAUUUAGAUAUAUAAAAAUAUUAUCAGUCUGGCGGCAGAAUGAAAUACGUAGCUGAUAAUUCCCGUAAAAGAUGGAUUCUGUGGAUUAUAUCGGGGCUAAGUCAUAGACUGGAAUCGAUUAGUUCCAGGAACGUUGACAGCUGUGUUUUGACGCUCCACUUAAAUCAAAUCCGAUUCGAGAUUCGAAACCCUUUACAAAAUGUCUUCGUCCGGCAUUGUAAGCAUUCUAAGGAGCCACGACAGCCCAGUCGAUUAGAGCACCGGCCAUGUAACCUCAUGUGAAGAUUCGAGGUGUGUGGUUCGACGCUCCCUACACGUGUCGGUUUGUAUUUCACCAGUAAGUUAUACAAAAAAGAAAUAAGAAAAUAACUAUAACAAUGUACUGUAUAUAUGCCAUUCUGUAUCAUUGUUUUACUGAAGAACAAAAUAAAUUGCCUGUUGACUCCGUUGUCCAGAUCUAGUCCUCCUCUAUUAGAAAAUGUGAUUUAACCGAGAGUUGACAUUGAUUCUCAUGAUGAUUGUCGUCGAUAGAAAACCGCUUACCUUUCCUUAUCAUCCUUGUACAGAACCACUCUGUAGAGACCACUUGUUUCGGUGGUCAUGGUUACAUAUCAAACAUUUUAUGUAAGUAAAUUUAAUUUAGGGGAACAAUAACCAAGUAAUGUAUUAAAAUAUUAGGAAGGCUAGUUUGAAGUGUAACGGAUUAAUGUCAGCAAUAUAUUCUUUUAUAUUGAUUUUUAUGAAAACGCUGUUAACAUAGUCAAUAAGAUCUAGUCAAAUUAUACAUAUCUUAUGUAUUAGGAAAAAUAAAUCUUCCAACUUUACAAUGAA